AUGGGUAAUAUUGGUGAGGACGAGGGAUCAGCGGUUGGUGGUGGAGAUAGUUCCAGUGGUAAUAGUGGUUUUAUACGAAACCAGAGCUUCAAAUUGUGUCUUCCAUUUACUGCAGCUGGAGAUACAGACGAAUGCAAGCAUCGGAACAAUCGACUGAGUACUGAAGCGACUAGCACCACAGUUCAAGAAAACUUGAGAACGAUCAAGUCACAACCACGUACGGCACAGGAAGUUAUGCUUGAGAAGAAAAAAGGUGCUAUGACGCGCCCAUUUGCCCAGUACGGUACACUCAGGUCGGAACAGCUAAGUGACAAUGGCAGUGCAACUCCGUGGCCAUCUGACGCGAAAAAUUGGGUUUUGAAAGCACGUGAUAGGCUACGAAAAUGGCCCAUUUUGAAUCCGCGGGGCGCUACGAGAAUCAAUAAGAAUCAAACUACUUGUCCAAACCGCAGCUCUUGCUUGAAGGCGAACGUGCCAUUUGGAUUGGAAGAGUCCGGUGAUGACCCGGAGACGUCUACAAAUUCGUAUAGCUCGUCGUGCAGCUCACAUAGUUCCAUGAAUGCGGUGGCAAUCCCGAUGUGCUCAUCAUCUUUGUCAGUUGGGGAUCGAUGGGAGUUGCAGCAUGCACUUUUGAAACAGUCACGCAAAGCAGGCGAGCAUUCACUGCUUCACUCAUACCCUCAAGGCUUGAAAACCGAUAUUGAGUCCGACUGUUUACUAAAGGUUGAGAUCGAGAGCGAUGCACAUCCUGAUAUUAAGACGGAAGUGCGGAAGCUAUUUGCGUUGGCGUACCCAGUCACAUUCACAUACGUGCUGGAGUUUUUCCCUCAAUUGGUGAGUAUGACGUUGGUAGGUCACCUGGAUUCGCCAUUGACGAAGCAGUAUUUGGAUGGUGUUGCACUCUCAACGAUGUGCAUGAACCUAACAGCGAUUGGAAUUGGAUUUGGUUUAGCCACAGCAAUGGACACGUUGUGCUCUCAAGCGUAUGGCGCUGGAAAGCCCAAAAAGCUUGGCAUUUACUUUCAGAGUGGCUUGAUUGUGUUGGGACUCGCGAUGAUUCCUGUGUUCAUUAUCAACUGGUAUACAGAGGCCUUCCUGGUCAUGACCGGUCAACCUGCGCAAGUCGCAAAGUUUGCCGGACGCUUCAGUCGGAUUCUGCUCCCAGGCAUUCCAGCCGUGUACGUCUACGAGAUGGUGAAAAAGGUGAUGCAAGCCCAGAAUGUCGUGUUGCCCAUGGUACACAUGGCUGUGAUCAGCAAUCUUGUGAAUUUGCUACUGGGUAUCUAUCUCACGUUUUUCACGUCUCUCGGAUUUGACAGUGCCGCCAUCGCGCGUUUGCUAUCUGAGGUGGUGCUUCCAUUGUGUUUAAUUCCGUAUUUCAUGUGGAAUCCGCACAUCCCCGCUGAAUGGUGGCCUGGUUGGCAAGCGAAGCAAGCGGUGCAUCACCUGGGCACUUUUUUGCGUCUUGGUUUGCCGGGCGCCGCAAUGAUGUUGUUGGAGUGGUGGUCUUUUGAGAUUAUGGCGGCUUUCGUGGGCUGGUUGCCUAGCAGUGUCGUUGCUAUCAGCGUGCAUUCGGUACUAGUAAGCGUUUCUACGUUUGCGUUCAACUUUUUCCUUGGCAUCUCUGUGGCAGCCAAUGUCCUUGUGGGCAAUUACUUAGGCAGCAACAAGCCACAUCACGCGAACAUGGCCUCAACGGUGGGUAUGAUACUGUCCGUGUCUUUGUCGGCGGUGAUCGCAAUCAUCAUUAUUGCUACACGGUAUCUGAUUCCGAAGAUAUUUAUCAACGACGCAGUAUCCAUCGGAAUGGCUGAGCACGCACUGCUGUUUCUAAUGCCGUACCAGAUGUGCGAUGCCAUCAAUGCUGUGAUGCAAGGCGUGUUUCGCGGCACGGGACGGCUUCUGCUUGGCACCUAUAUUAAUUUGCUUGCAUACUUCGUGAUUGGUCUGCCCUUUGGCGUGUACCUCGCAUUUCGAAUGGACAUGGGCGUGGAAGGCAUGUGGCUCGGCCUCACUGCAGGUAUUUUCUUCGGCUGUGUCGUGUCGUUUAUCAAAAUCUGUGAGACCAACUGGAAGAGCAUGGCCGACGCCGCACGCUUCCUGCCAUCUCUCCAAAUUCCUCCGUCCGACCAAACACUGCUACGGGAAUUAGCGACGACGAUCGUCACACAUAACCUCGAGCAAUACAACAAUCUGUGUCUUACAAAAGACGGUCAUCCAGACAGUCGAGUUUGGAAACCAACUCGCAAGGCAGACGGCAUUCGAAUCUAUCGAGAGCGUCCGAAUUCCGCCAGUGAGUCUGCACCACAAAUUCCGUCGCUGUUACUCUUGGGCUCCAUGGUCGGCAAAUUAGACGACAUCAUGUACGCCGUCGUGACACCGACGGACGAAUCUCUCAAAAUAAAGUCUUGCUGCAUCCGAGACGGAGUUGUCGAUAGCAGAGUUCUCCAGGAGCUCGUGUGCCCCACCGUUGAUGACCCGUUUCACCACGUAAGUCUUCAGUGGCGUCUGUACGAAGGUCGUGACUACGUGACACUCGACACCUCGGGCAUGAUGCAGACCCCAUGGGGUGAGCGUGUUGGCUAUAACGUGUCGCACUCGGUCAGCUUUGCUCAAUUGCCAGCUUUCGCAGAGCUCAAAAUCGCACGUGGCAAUAUGUCCGUGUGCUCACUCUACCACCAGAAGGCAAACAACACGGUCGAAUGCUACACCCGCGGAUUCUUUGACUUGUCCACGAACACUCACGGAAACACCGUUUUGGCACUGCAGAACAUCGCCACGCAGUGGUUGUCGUUCUCACGCAACAUGCAAUACGCGCAAAUGAAGAAGCUUGCGUGGCAUUUGCGUCAAAACAGCUACGAUAUCGACGCGCCACUGCUUACACCAGCCCGAUCAAAGCAGAUACGCACUGCCUCAACGUGUCAAGUGUGCACCAAGAGCUUCAGUUUCCUGCCUCAUAGCAAAAAUGAAGCUACCACUGAUGAUAUUCCCGACCUUAGCAGCUACAGUCAACCAUGUGAUCCCUUUACAUGUCGUCCAAAACGAGCUCCAGCGCCAGUCAAGGAUUUUGAAUUUACAGCUAAUGGCUGUGGUACAUCUGAUAUGCCCAUUAGUACAUCCCUGGAGUUUCAAGAUUGCUGCAAUUGGCACGACGCGUGUUACAGUAUUUGUGGCAUGUCCAAGGCAAUUUGUGAAAAGCGAUUGCAUCGAUGUAUGAAGGCGAAAUGCAAAGAGGUGGUCGAUCCUGAACAGCGCAGCGAAUGUUUUUCGGCUGCGAAAAUCUUUUACAUUGGAGCUAAUAUGAUUGCGUGUCCAGCAUUCCAGGAUGCACAGAAAGAAGCAUGCGAAUGUGUACCAACUGAUACCGUGGCUACUGCCACUCGUGAGCGUUUGAAAUAUUUUCUUGAAGAGAAUGGGGCUCCGAAAGCGGAUUUGGAAGACAAAGCGAUUGAUGCAUUGUUGGCGAAGUACAAGGGUCAAGAGCCAACAAUGUUCUUACGACUGUUAAAAAAGUAUCCCGACGCUAUUAAGAGUGAUCCCGCUAAAACUACCUUCAUGGACGAGCUUCUGAAAGAUGCUGAUAGUAGUGUCAAGACGGAAGAAAAGAAGAAAGGAAUUAAGAUUGAAAAGGAAGAACCUGUGGAUGAACAUGAAGACCUGUAA